AUGACAACCGUCUCCUCCUCCGUACUCCUCCACACCCUUCUCUUCGGCACCGAAGAUGAACUCGCGCAGUCACGCCGCUGCCUGCACGCGAAAUUUGAGGCUCUUUUAGAGCUAGAGCAAUACUGGCCCGGUGUCCGGUCAAUGAUCAACCGCCUCAUCAGCUUCCAGAAUACCUGUCUUCUCUUCGCGCAUGAACACAUGCAUCGACUUGAUCGCUGGAUGACGCGGUUUCUGUUCGAGUAUGCGUUGUCGUUUGAUGAGAAGACGAUCUCGGAUAGCCACGGUGCCGCCACCACGGACACGCCAAUCAUGGAAAAGUUGAGGUAUACGGAGUGA